AUUCAUAAAUUAGUUAUAUAUAUAGUCUGUAGACAUGAGAGAGUAAUGCAAUGUUUAGUCACUUUAGUGAAUGUAGUGUUUAUGUGGAGAGAGUGAGAGUCAGUGCAAUGAAUCACUCAAAACAUAUGCCAAACAUUUGUUUAUAUGUUUGACAUUCAAUUGUAUAACUAUUUGAUGGCAUAUAUGGCAUAGAUAUCAUUGAUUUCAUUGAUUUAUUUGUAUUAUAAUUUGUAUUAUUUGUUUGAUUGAAUAAAAAACAUUAAAAGUAAACACAAAUGGAGUGCUUAUUAUGUAUCCGACGGUGUUUUGGUAUGUCUGGUCAGACACGCUAUUCACUAGUUAAGGACCAAUUGAUCCCUAAAGUGAUUUUGGACACAACAACUAUGGGUAAUGAUGUGGUGAUCGUUAAGAGAGGUCACCGAAUCUGUGGCACUGGUGGUGCUAUCACUACAACACCGAUAGUUCAAAAUAAGGCAUAUUUUGAGGUCAAAGUACAGCAAACGGGCAUUUGGGGCGUAGGGUUGGCCACAACUAAUGCCAAUCUAAGUUCAGUUCCCUUAGGAGUCGACAGUCAGAGUUGGGUCUUAAGACAAGAUGGAACAGUAGUGACUGAAAAUCAAAUACUUCAUACAUUUAAUGAAGACAUACAAGAAAGUGACAUAAUUGGUGUCACCUAUGAUCACAUUGAACUCAAAUUUUAUAUCAAAAAUAAAUCAAUUGAUUUUGCUGUCAAUGGUGUCAAGGGCUCCGAAAUAUAUCCUGUUGUCUACGUAGACGAUGGCGCUAUACUUGAUGUCAAUUUUACGAACUUUCAAUUUGAUCCUCCCUUUGGUUUUGAUCGCAUUCUUGUCGAAAAAUCAUUACUUUAGGAGUUAUUACUUUAUACCUUCCUUUUACUUAAUUUUAAUUUUGUAAUUACCGGUAGUUUUUCAUUUACACUUAAAA